CUCCUCCUUCCGCGGCACAGUGAGCGAUAAUGAUGUCAGAGUCAGAGAUGCCGAAGUGAUCUUUCCCACCACUCGGACUCGGCUGUCCUUCCAACCACUCGAGCGUGCUCCAUUUGACGUUUCGUAGCGUUUGAUUGACCAAUCAGAGUGAAGAAAUAAGAGCGCGUAUUUUCUGCUUACGUUGCAAAUUGGAUAAGAGCGAUCCGGGAUCAAAGCAAGAUCCGUCAAAGGAUGCACACCGGGGAGCCGUAUCUAGAUAUUCGUAUAUCACACAUGACGUAGAAUUUACGUUUGAGAAUUUUGAACGUUCCUAGUUAUGAAAGGAUAAACGAUUAUCAAAGGUGAUAAGGACCAAUUUGACUUGGAUGCAGCAUUCUUUUUUCUUGUAAAAUCUGUGUAAAAUCAGUAUUGUAAAAAGGAAACAAGUGAAUCAGUUUUAAAGAAUUUUAGAGAUGGAAAAUAUUGAAAUAAAAGCAAAAAUUCACGAUAUUGAUCGUGUUAUUUCAAAAGCUAAAGAGUUGAGCAAUAAUGAUGGAAAAAUAAUAAAGCAGCAUGAUGUUUUCUUUAAUGCAACAAAAUCAAGAUUAAAGUUACGAAAAUUUGAGGAUGGUACUGCACAAUUAAUUUCUUAUGCACGACCCAAUGUAAUAGGACCAAAAGUAUCUGUUUACGAUAAAGCAUCCAUAUAUGCAGAUACUGUAGACUUAAUCGAACAUAUUUUAUCUGAUUCCAUUGGUGUGAUGGGAGUUGUAAAAAAGACAAGACAUCUAUACAUGGUUGAUCGAACACGAGUACACAUUGAUAAUGUUGAUGAUUUGGGCAAUUUUAUAGAAUUGGAGGUAAUGAUGCGAUCAGACAAUAAGAAUAUAGUAGAUUGCGACCGGGAAACCGCAGAAAAGAUUGCUACUGAUCUUAUGCAAGCAUUGUCCAUAAAAGAAGAAGAUUUAAUUGCAGAAGCUUAUAUAGAUUUACUCAAUCGCAAAAACAACUUGAAUAUGGAUUCAGCACAGAUGUGAAAUAAUGAUUCAUUGUCUCUGAAAAAUG